AUGACAUCGCUACCAUCCAAUGUUAAGAUCUUUGCCGAGCAGCCAGAGGACGGCACGAUUGCAAUGUUGAAAGAACUGGCGAAACUCCCCUUUUUUGUCAACCAACCGAUAAGGGUCAUGCCGGAUUGUCAUUCAGGCAAAGGAACAAUUGUGGGAUUCUCCGCGCCUUACGAUACCUGUAUUAUUCCUAGCAUCAUAGGCGUCGAUAUAGGGUGUGGAAUGUUUGUCAUACGGCUCCCCAAUAAACUAUUAGAACCAUAUGAGGGGAAGAUCAGUGACCAAUCGUUCUUGAAGAACUUAGAUGAGAUUGUACACAAAGAAGUCCCAGCAGGAUAUUAUGGAAAACAUGCCGUUCCUGGGGGUCCCACUGGAUUCCAUCAAGACGUUUCGGAAGCCCGGUUUAAGCGAAUGCUAUCACAUCUCUUGCCGUGCCUGUCCAAAUACUGUCCAGAGGCAUCUGGACUACUUAGCUAUGACGACUUUGUUGCCGAAUUCGAAUACUGGCAUGACUAUCUGGACUUGAGGUUUACGUUCCAUAGUUUGAUGAAGUGCUGUGGGACUUUAGGCUCUGGGAACCACUUUGUCGAGCUUGAUUCGGCAAAGAGCGGUGAAGGUUACAUAGUUGUCCACUCUGGCAGUAGAGGUCUUGGCGGGGCCAUCGCGUCCAAGUUCAUAUCUGCAGCGGAGAUUGUCACAAAGGUUCUUUUGGGGAUAGAGCCAGCUGAGCUCCUGGUGAAUGAUACAUCCCCUUUCUUUAAGCUCCUGUUCAACAAUCUUCAGGCAUUGAAGAAGAUGCCUACUGAGUUAUCGGCCGAGAAUCCCGGUCUCACCUUACCUAUUUCUGCUGAGGAUAAAAAGGCAUUCUAUUUGAAGUUGCGGGAUGAGAUCCAAGAGGAGCUAAAACAGGAUGCUUCCGCCCAAGCGUUGCCUGUCAAAGAGUACAAGGCCGAGCUCACGCGCCGAAUCAAUGCCCGAGCUGUGGAGUAUCUAAGCCGCUGCAAACUCGUUGCGUCUUCAUACGACUACCUUAGUGUCUUUCCUUUAGGCACUACUGAAGAAGACAUAGAAGCGUACAAAGCGAUACUAGUGAAGAACCCUAAUGUCGCGUGUCUUUACCAGUCUUUAGGAGCCGAGGACUAUCUUCGCGCCAUGAAGUUUUGCCAAUUGUUUGCGAAGCUGAACCGUCUAGUCAUAGCCUUUAACAUAUAUUGCUCUCUUUCUGGUAUACCCGUCCAGGCGCGUGGAAUUUGGGACGACGACUUUGAUCCUGGCAUCCGUGCUCAGGCAAUUGCUACAUUCAUGGAUUCGCUAUUUUACACAGAUUGCAUUCAUAAUUACAUUGACUUACAAUCUAAAAUAAUGCGCAAGGGGUCCAUUCGAGCAAACAAGGACGACAUUCUUAUUAUCCCCAUGAAUAUGCGAGAUGGUAUCCUCGUUUGCAAGGGUUUAGGAAACCCAGAUUGGAACUGUACGGCACCCCACGGCGCAGGUCGAAUAAUGUCACGCAUAGCAGCAAAGCGGAGCAUCAAGCUGGAAACGGUCAUCGAGCAAAUGAAGGGCAUUUACUCAACAUGCCUGCAGCAAGAGGUUAUUGAUGAGGCCCCGGAUGCAUAUAAGCCCGUGGCCCACAUCACAAAGCAUAUUCAAGGAACAUGUACAAUCAUCGACCAGUGGAAGCCCCUUUGGAACUUCAAGGGGAUGGAUUGUGUCUUUGAGUCCAAGAAGGAGGGGAACGAUAACAUGCACUAA